AUGCGGGCUGUCUAUCUUGCCUUCGCUUCCGUGGCUUCUUUCGCACUGGCAGCUGUGCCUGAUUUCGACACAUGGGAACACGGCCGAGUCGCACUGGAAGACGUCAGCAUCCACUUCCGCUACGCCGGCGUCGGACCACCCGUCCUCCUCGUCCACGGGAACCCUCAACACAGCUUGACGUGGCAGUUCAUCGGGCCAAUCCUUGCCCAAAACUACACCGUGAUCGCGCCAGACAACCGCGGCGCGGGUGACUCGAGCAUCCCUCCCGAUGGGAACUACAGCGCAACAGCAUCCGCGGCGGAUCUCAAAGGCGUUCUGGACUUUCUCAACAUCACUUCCGCUUACGUCUUGGCCCAUGACAAGGGUGUUGGAAUGGCGACGGCGCUAGCAAUCCAGCAUCCUGGCUUGGUCGAGCGUCUCGCUUUGGCAGAGUACGCCCUUCCAGGCUUCGGGUACGAGCAGAUCGCGACGCCGGCUCCUUUUUGGGACUUAUACCAGAACUGGCAACUUGCGUUUUUCCAGGUCACCGAUCUGGCCGAGUUUCUCAUGUCGGGUAAGGAGAAGCAGUUUCUGCAAUGGUACUUCUAUCAUGGAAGCUACUCGGGUGCCGAGAGCUUUAGCGAAGAGACAAUCAACAGAUUCGCCAGCACGAUCUCGAAACCCGGUUUUCUUCGGGCCAUGCUCGGUCCUUUCUCUACCGGUACAGUCUUUGAUGAUUCAAAAUUCUUCAAGUCAUCGCUGGGUCGUCUCAAGUUGGAAGUGCCGGUCUUGGGCCUAGGCGGCGAGGCAAGCUUAGGGUCUGAGUCGGACUUACGUAACGCUUACGAGCCGAUUUCAUCCAACCUGCAAGUUGAAAUCGUUCCGAAGGCGGGACACUGGAUUCCGGAUGAGAAUCCCAAGUGGACUGCCAAGAGGGUAGCGCGAUUCUUUGCGGAAGAGAAGUCAGACGUCAAGAGUAUUGACUUAUCGUACCUUGCGGAUCAAGUUACGCUUGAUGUAGGCUACUUUGGGACGAGGCGGAAUAAAAAGUUGGCAUUGCAGUGA